CAAAUUAAAUAUAUGACAUGACUACGUAAAAAAAAGAGCUGUAAACAUACGAGUUAAUCGCAUUGCUUAUAUCAUUGCAAAUUGUAAACAGCCAGUAAAAAAAAAUUAUUUAUUUUUCAAAAAAGAUUCGUCUGCUAGAGACUGUCAUCAAGUAAAAUGUUUUCCCUUGCAAGUAUUAUAGGGUCAUUGGCCAACAGAGGAAGAUUGGUACCCACAGGUCAGCUAGGUCAAACAGGACGUCUGCAGACAUCUUACAGGAAUUCUGGUGUUUUAUUGGACAUGGUAAAAUCAUUUGUUCCUGCAUUGACCUUUGGUGCCCACAAAGGUGAUUGUGGUAGAAUAGGAGUUGUUGGAGGAUGUCAAGAAUACACUGGUGCCCCAUAUUUUGCAGCCAUAUCUGCAUUAAAAUUGGGAGCAGAUUUGACCCAUGUUUUCUGCACAACAGAAGCUGCUCCUGUGAUAAAAUCAUACAGUCCAGAACUUAUUGUACAUCCUAUGCUAGAAAAAAGUGACUGCCCUGCAGAAGUGUCACAGUGGCUACUUAGGCUGCACUCGCUUGUUAUUGGCCCCGGUCUUGGUCGUAUGGACUUUGUUCUGGAUAACACUCGUAAUAUUAUAGAACAAGCGAAAGAAAGGAACCUACCACUCGUAAUUGAUGCAGAUGGUCUGUAUUUGAUAACAGAAGAUCCUCACAUUAUAUCCGGAUAUAAGAGGGCCAUUCUUACACCCAACAUUGUAGAAUUCAACAGACUUUAUGAGAAAGUUAUAGGAGAAACCCCUAUGCAGGCUGAGCCUGUAGUCAAUGUGAAGACACUGUGUGAAAAGCUGGGCAAUGUGACUAUAGUGCAGAAAGGAGAAAAUGACAUCAUCUCUGAUGGCAAGAAAGUACUGGUAUGUUGUAGUGAGGGCAGUCCUAGACGAUGUGGUGGUCAAGGUGACCUGUUGUCCGGCACCAUGGGAAUAUUUUCUUUUUGGACCCAUCAGCUCUUCAGCAGCACCAAGGAAGUGAACAAGUAAGUGAUAAUAAAAUAG